UACAUGUGGUUUACAAUGAACACCCACCAAGCGGCAGCGUAGAUAGUAGACGCUCUCAGUCCGUCGGAGCCGGGAGACUUUUACAAGGGAAUGCGUCCCCGGUUUUAGCGCUGAGAUGAUUCCGUUGUGUGUCCGGUGUGGGAUGUAUAUUUACUGAGAGCGGGAGAGCGCUGCUCGCCGCUGAGUUGCAGCAGCCGCGGCCGCAGGCAGUGCGUCGGGCACAGGCAUGUUUGGCGAGGGAAAGGGCUUAGAGAUUGACUGUUUUAUUUUGUCGUGAAAGUCAGCAGCAAAGAUCUGGUCAGCAGCAAAGAUCUGGUCAGCAGUAAUGACGGGCCGCCAGUUGCAAGUGGCCGUGAUCGGAGCAGGGGCAAGCGGACUGUGUGCUGCCCGGCACCUCCUGGCCAAGCCGCACAUCUUCGCCCCUCCAGUGGUGUAUGAGCAGUCCACUGGUGUUGGAGGCACUUGGGUUUACACCGAGAGAACGGGCAAAGAUGACCAUGGGCUGCCCAUACAAGCCAGUAUGUACAGAGACCUCAGGACAAAUCUUCCAAAGGAGAUCAUGGGCUUUCCAGAUUUUCCAUUUGAAGCUUCACCCACCUCUUUCAUUCAUCACACUGACGUCAAAUCAUAUCUGGAAAAGUACACUGAACACUUUGAAAUUCAGAGACACAUAAAGUUUCUAACAUAUGUUGAACUACUGAAACCUGUUUCCAGACCUACUGAAGAUGCUCACAGUUCAUGGGAAAUAACAUCUUUGAAUCUGAAGAGUCAGAGUCGUAGUUUGGAGAGAUAUGAUUCUGUUAUUGUUUGUAAUGGCCACUACUCUGAUCCUUUGAUCCCGCACAUUCGUGGAAUUGAAAACUUCAAAGGACAGUCGAUGCAUAGUCAUGAGUACCGGUUUGCUGAGCCUUUCAGAGGGAAGAACCUUGUUCUGCUCGGUGCUGGUUCAUCUGGAAUAGACAUUGCACUGGAGUUGUGCUUGGUUGCAAAUCAAGUUGUCUUGGUGUAUAAAGAUUCAUUUACAUCCUCACCCGUCCCUCCAAAUUGUCUAUUAGUCAAGGGUGUGAACAAAUGUUCACAGAUUGGUGUGAUUGGUAAUGAUGGAAUAGAGUAUCCUGCAGAUGUAUUAAUGUUUUGCACUGGCUAUAACUACACUUUUCCUUUCCUUGCAAAAGACGUGGGUUUAAAUGUCAAAGAUCACAGAAUUACACCGCUUUACAAGCACAUUGUACACACCACAUUUCCAACUCUCUUUUUUAUUGGUAUAUGCAAAACCGUUUGCCCUUUUCCUUUGUUCCACAAUCAGGUCUUGUUUGCAUUAGCAAGUUUGGAUGGUACCUACAGACUACCACCUAAACCUAAGAUGGAUGCCACCACAGAACAUGAAUACCAGUCCUCCUUACAAAAUGGAAUUCCUCACAGACACUUUCAUAAAUUGGAUAGUCUUCAAUGGGAAUAUAAUAAUGAAUUACGCUCUUUGGCCAAAAGAGACCCUUUGCCACCUGUUUUUAAAGAUCUUUAUGAGACAAACAAGGAAAUAAGAAAACAGGACCUGUGCAAUUAUAAAAGAUUUAACUAUAAGAUAGUGAGCCAUGAUACAUGGAUAAAGGUGAGCCCAAAACUACUUUAAAUGGACUGCUACUCAUUUAAUUUGUGUCCUCUAGUUCCCAGAGUUAAAUCCAUUCGGCCAAAGCUUUUUUUUCUUUCAUCAUUGAGGUCUGUGUAGCAAGGACAUGAAGAUUGGGAAGGAAAGAUACCAUAUUGUAAGGGAGUCAUUUUACUGUUCAUUUAUUUCAAUAUAUAGAAAAUUAGAUAGGCCUUCCUAUAUUUGUAUCAUCCCUACUAUUCAGUUAUUCCCUCCUCUCUACAAAGAAAACAUGUGAUAUAAUUCAGCAGCUGAUCUAAUAUCCAAUAAUGUUAGUAUCUGGAAUAUGUGCUAUGUGGAAAAUAUGCUGUAUGUAAAAAUUAUCAUUAACAAUGUGGAUACGAUCUCGUAAUAUCUGCACAAAAAAACAUUGGUUUUGCAAUUUGUUUUUCUUGUGCCAAAACAUAUUUUUGCUAUUCUGGUUGCAAACGAUGGGAACAUAUUUUUUAGCCUUCAAGCAGAAUUAUACCUAUUUGGACCAAUGAUCAAGAAAUAAUGUUUUAUUAAUCAAAGGCCCAGAUAAUAACAUUUGAGAAAGAGGCAAACCAAUUGCAUUUCAAAUGGAAUAAGAGCUGUUUUCUUCACAUCAAGCAAUAACAGCAGUAAUCAAUCCCAUGUUAAAUGGACCAUCCUGUAAUGAACAAAUAAACAAAUCAUUUAAAAUAA